CAAAACACAACGUGCAUGCUUGGCGAUUUUAAGAAGUUGAGCGAUUUUGCUGGUUUCUUUUCAAUUUUUGCGAAUUUGGAAUAAGAAUUUAAUGGAAUAUGGAUACCGACAAGCUUAAUCGAGAGCUCCAAAUCUUCCGGAACCAUGUGAAGAUCGCCCGCGAGAACAUCAUCCACAAGCUGGUGCGGGACAUCAAGUUCUGGAAGCAAAAGCAAGACACUCAUGCGGAGAACGUGCGCGCCUCCAAGAAGGUCCAGUCGGCGGAACUCCUAAUGAGUCACAUUCGCGCCCAGCACGCAUCGGAACUCGCCAAAGCGGUUAUUCGGUUCAAACCAAAGAGCGCGGUCGGGGCGGAACUGACCGUGGAGCAGCGAGCGCUGCUGCGGUUUCACGAGAACAAGAAGCUGGCGCCGGAGGUGCAGGCGUUGAUUCGACGGUUCGGGUUGAACAGCAAGAUGGAGCUGUUGGACAAGUUCUUGAAGAGUAGGGAUCAGGUUAAGGUGAAGGAGGGCAAGAAGCGGAAGGAGAAGGGGAAGAAGGUGCGGAAGGUUAAGAGAGAAGCCGCUGGAGAGCAAGAGUCUGAAGAUCAGGGAUUCUGCGAGCAGGAGGUAAAGGUUGCGGAUAAGGAUAACUCUGAAGAAUCGAAUGACGAAGAUGAUUCCGUUUCAAAUGAUUCUGAAAAUGAGGAAGAGCAAGAAGACGUGGGUAAAUUUGUCAGAACUCCUGCCAAACUGAAAAAUGUUCAAAAGAAGGAACCAAAACCGAAGGAUUCCGUUAAAAAGAAGGAACAAAAAUCGAAGGAUUCCACAAAGAAACCAGAACCGAAAAAGCGAAAGCUGUUGAAGGCACCGGAAGACGAUGACGAGAAGGAUAAAAGCGUUCAAAUCCAGGACAGCUUCUUCGUAACGAGCAGCGGCCAGAGCUACGUCGCUACGGCGCCGGUUGUCGAUAAGAAAGAGCAGGAUCAGGAAGAGGAAGAGUACAGUUGGAAGCGAACCAUCAAGAAGAAGGACAUUCUGGGCAACAAGGAGGAACGACCACAGAAGCGACCCCACUCCAAAGACCAGGACGAGCUGCAUCCAUCGUGGAAGGCAAAACAGCAGCAAAAGGGAAUCAAACCCUUCCAGGGUCAGCGCAAACGGUUUGACGAGAGCGAUAAUCCGACGCCAGAUCUCCAUCCGUCCUGGGCGGCGAAGCAAAAGCAGCAAGGCAUCAAACCGUUUUCCGGCAAGAAAACGACGUUCGAUUCCGACAAGGCGGAUCCCGUCGCUGCACCGGAAGACCUUCACCCCUCGUGGGCGGCCAAGCAGAAGCAAAAGGGCAUCAAACCGUUUGCCGGCAAGAAGAUUGUGUUCGAUUCCGAGGCACCGGCGGUUGAGGCCGGCAAAGACUUGCACCCAUCGUGGGCUGCGAAGCAGAAACAGAAAGGAAUUCAAGCUUUUCAGGGUAAGAAAACGGUGUUCGAGUCUUCAGCAGCGGCGCCGCCGCAGCCAGCUGUCCCCAGUGACCUGCACCCGUCCUGGGCGGCCAAACAGCGCGAGAAGGGCAUUCAGGCGUUUGCGGGUAAGAAAAUUACGUUCGAUGAUUAAGGUGUAAGGCUAAGUUUAGUUCGUUCCUAAGUGCUAAUGGAAUAAAUACAACUCUUUUCGUUGAUCAA